AUGUCCGACCCUAAAUCUGCAGUUGACUCCGAAGAAUACCACAUUGAAAGACAUCCUAACCAUGACUUUAUGACAACAACCCACGGCAUUGCACGAGUGCUCACCUCAGAUACUCACGUCCAAAUGGGCGACCUCACCUUCCACAAAGAUGACUUUAUGAGAGCAUUUGAAGGUUACCUUAACCCUGGUCUUUCAGAAAGACCUUCGCGUGCUUUUGCAAACCCUGUUCCUCUUGGUGUUGCCUCCUUUGCCCUAUCCCUCUUUGUUGUCUCUCUCACAAAUAUCCAUGCCCGUGGUGUCUCAAACGGUGCAGGUGCUGCCGGUCUCUGUCUCUUCUAUGCUGGUUUCAUUGAACUCUGUGCUGGCAUGUGGUGCAUUGUCUUGGAAAAUGCAUGGGCUGCUACUCUCAUCUCUUCAUUUGCUGGCUUUUGGAUGUCUUAUGGUCUUUUCCUCAUUGAUGGCUUUGGUAUUGUCUCCUCUUACACAAAUACUGAUGACCUCCACAAUAUGCUAGGCUUUUAUCUUCUCGGUUGGACAAUCUUUGCAACAAUCAUGUGGUCAAUGACUUUCCGUUCAACUUGGGUCUUCUUCUUUAUGAUGCUUUUUGUCGUUCUUACCCUCGUCAUUCUUUGUGGUGCUAACUUUACAAUGCCCGGCAACCCUACUCGUGGUGUCAAUCUCACAAAGGCCGGCGGUUACUUUGGUAUCAUCACAUCCCUCAUUGGCUGGUACGUGGUCUACGAGGCUCUUGCCACCAAAGAGAACUCACUUCUUGUUCCUCCCGUCCUUCUUAUGCCUACCGCUGUCCUUGGCCGCGAGCGCAAGAACGACGAAAAGGUUUAA